AUGGCUGUGUGGAUCAUCUCCAAAGCGAUUAUUGGUCUCAUACGAGACGGUGACCUACAGUACCAUGCGGCGGACAGCCCCCCUAAAUAUUACUGGCAGCUGGACCUGAACACCCUGCGUGCUGUCUGCUUCAGAGUCGAUUAUCAGGAUGAUACAGCUCGUGCAGCUGCAAUGGCUCUGGGGAAAUACCGCUCGCCAUACCAGAACGCAUGA